AUGCUGCCCUCAACCGUCCUCAGGGCAAGAUCUGCGUGGAAGGGUCCGUUCUUUGUGGCCUUCCCGAACCUCUCCGAGGCUCUCAAGAACAACACGCCCAUCCGAACAAACGCGAGGAGCUGCACCAUCCUGCCAAACUUUGUGGGGCUCAAGUUCCUCGUGCACAAUGGCAAGCACCACAUCCCCAUCUCGGUGACGGAAGAGAUGGUCGGCCACAAGCUCGGCGAGUUCGCGCCAACGAGGAAGAGGUUCACCUACAGGCUGACCAAGAACAAGUAG